CUUUAGCGCGCGAGACAAACAAUUCUGUUGCCAUGCAUGUCUGUGAUCUAGACUACACCAAGAUCUAGUCUAGUCUAGUUUCGUAAGUACCUAAAAUAGCUUUGUCAAGAUGCCAUGUCAUAGCUUCCGACGACGUGCGCUUGGUUUCCGCCCGCAGCAAGCGUUGCGACUGGAACAGGGACGACGUUUGACAGUACUCAAGUCCGCAUUCAAUUACGCAAAACCGAUACCGAAAGCAGUAUUAGGAUGAGCCUUCCAUUGCCAAAUAUGCUUACAACCUAUGGCAACACAAGUACAAGCAUAAUGGGCUGCUUGUCACGCGAUCAAGGGUCUACCGAAAAGCACAUGAACACUAACGAUUUGUUUUGCUUGCUUUUCGGAGACCGUUAUGGAAGUCUAGUGCCUACCUAGGUAGUUCCAGACCACCUACCUAGGCACCUAGGUAUCCAAGUUUGGACGAUGCGGUUUUUCUUCUUUUAUUCAAAGUAUGAAAACGUUAACAAACAGGUCCUUGGACUUUCAUCCAAAGCUUUUUUUACCCCCUUCCCUGUGGUUUUUUUGUGCUUCUGCAACGCCAGCUUGCGCGUGCCUCGGCAUGAUGCAACCUUGCGGGGCUGGAGCAUCCACCAUUGGCCAAUCCGUUGCUGACAAUAGCAAAAAAGGCACAUCCCAGACGGACCAAUCUAGGUGUACCUCAAUUAUCUGGCUGCGUAAAACGUAUUGCUUGUGAUGCAUCGGGCGCCCGCGGUCAUCGCUUCGUUUGCCAGCUCACUCAUAAAUCCCAAGCAAAAGAAUUGGAAUUAAUUUUGCCCAAUCGACCCAAAGAUACACAUAAUCUUGGCAUUUGCCAUAAAGGGCUGAUCAACAACAUAUACCCAAGGAAGGAAAAAAAAAAGUCGACUCGCGUAAUCUUUUUGAACAAUGGCAUUGAAGCCUGGCCAAAAGACGGUGCUUAUCACGGGGUGCACUCCCGGCGGCAUAGGACAUGCUCUGGCCCUAGAGUAUCAUGCCAAAGGUCUUCAUGUCAUCGCCACCGCUCGUCGCCCCGAGGUCAUGAAAGACCUGGCCGAGGCGGGCAUGACCACCUUGCCGCUUGAUGUCACCAAAACCGAGAGCAUCGAGGAGUGCAAAAAGGCCGUGUCCGAGCUGACUGGCGGCCGCCUUGACAUCCUGGUCAACAAUGCUGGCGGCUCAAUAGUGGUGCCGGCCACCGACAUGGACCUCGACGACGUGCGCUGGAUGUUCGAGGCCAACGUCUUUGGCGUCAUGGCCAUGGUCAAGGCGUUUGCGCCGCUGCUCAUCGCCACCAAGGGGCUCAUCAUCAUGAUCUCGUCUCUGUCGUCCGUCACGCCCUACCUGUUCGCCUCGGCCUACAGCGCCAGCAAGGGUGCGCUGAACUCGUACUCGAGAGUGCUGCGGAUGGAGAUGCGUCCCUUUGGGGUUCGGGUCAUGGUUUCCAUGACGGGAACCGUGAGGUCUCUCAACAAGGAUACGCAGGUGCACAAGCCGCUCCCAGCGGACAGUCUCUACCAGCGCGUCAAGGACGUGUUCGAGUGGCGCCUGAACUACUCCCAGAUCGACGGGACCGUCGACACCCGCAAGUUCGCCUCCCAGCUGGUGCGCAAGUCGCUGAAGCCCGAGUGGCCCAUCAUGCUGCGGGCCUGGUUCGGCCGACCGGACUGGUUCUGGGGCGGAGGUCUGGCCGGCCGCGUCUGGCUCGCCCGCCUGCUCACCGGGGAGUGGCUCAUUGACAUGCAAACUUGGAACAAGUUCAAGCUUUGGAAGCUCGAGGCCUUUGUCAAGCAGGACGAGGCCAAGAAGCUCAAGUGAGGAAGAAAAAAAAAGCACUUUGAGCUUGGAGAGAUGCAUAUUUGACAGUAUGUCUGUAGUUGUAUAAUUUAUACUUGUUUCAUUUGCA